UUCACGUUCGUUGCUAUCGCGUCUGUGGCGUCUGCGCUUGGCAACAUCGCAGUUUGAAACAACCGCUAUACACCGUUUACAUUGUCAAAUUACUGUUGUGCCUUUUGCGCCUAGUGCGUAAGGUUUAUUAAGUGUUAGUGAAAGUGUUUAUCAAAAAUGGCUUCCAAUGGUACGGAGAUACAGCAGUUGACCGAAGAGGAACGCAACGAAAUAAGGGAGAAGUUUUUUAAGAUUGACCAAAACGGCGAUGGAUUCAUCGACCUGAAAGAAAUCAGAGACGCCCUGGAGCACAUCGGCAUCAAAAUUCCUGGCUACCAGUCCAGACAAAUAGAAGACGAAUUCAAAAAGAAAGACAAAUCACGCGACGGCAAACUGUCGUACGACGAAUUCGAGAAACUGUGUCUGGAUUUCAGGAACAAGGACGUGGCCAAGACGUUCCGGACGGCGGUUUCGAAACGCGAGAAUCUUACGCACUUGGGCGGCACGUCUGAAGCUUCGAACGUGGGCACGACACAUUCGGUCAGAGUUGAAGAACGACUUGCCUUCUCUGACUGGAUCAAUUCCAAUCUGCAGCACGAUCCGGACCUGAAGAAUUUGCUGCCCAUCGAUGCGGAGGGCGUCAACCUUUACGAAAAGGUUAAGGAUGGCAUACUUUUGUGUAAAAUCAUCAACCACUCAUGCCCCGACACAAUCGACGAGAGAACAAUAAACAAAGGCAACAAAAUGACUCUAUACACAAAACUGGAAAAUUUGACCCUUGCCUUGGCAUCAGCUUCAGCCAUCGGCUGCAACGUGAUCAAUAUUGACGCACACAGUUUGGAAAAGGGAACUCCCCACUUGGUUCUUGGCCUUUUGUGGCAGAUCAUUCGCAUCGGUCUGUUCAAUCAAAUUACAUUGGAACAUUGUCCCGGUCUGACAACCCUUCUUGGUGAAGAUGAAGAGAUUGGAGACCUCCUUAAACUGUCACCAGAAGCCAUCCUCCUCAGAUGGGUCAACUACCACCUGGAACGUGCCGGUGUGCAGAAACGUGUUCACAACUUCCAAAGCGACGUGGUCGAUUCGGAAGCUUAUACUCACUUGUUGAAGCAAAUCGCUCCCCCAGAGGCUGGUGUUACCACUGAAGCUCUUAUGGAGAGGGAUUACCUGUCUAGGGCCGAGAUAAUGUUGCAACAAGCUGCCAAACUUGGUUGUAGAGCUUUUGUAACUCCACAAGACGUUGUAAACGGAACCUACAAAUUGAACUUGGCCUUCGUUGCGAACUUGUUCAACAAUCAUCCAAGAUUGGAGCAACAAAACGGCACAACCGAGUUCGAGACCAUCGAGACGAGAGAAGAAAGAACUUACAGAAACUGGAUGAACUCCAUCGGUGUAUCCCCUCGCGUCAACUGGUUGUAUUCAGACCUGUCUGACGGUUUGAUUGUGUUCCAAUUGUUUGACAUCAUUCAGCCGGGAGUGGUGGAAUGGAACCGGGUCACCCGUAAAUUCACAGAAAGGAAGAAGUUCAUGGAGAAGCUGGAGAAUUGCAACUACGCCGUGGAACUCGGAAAGAAGGUCAAGUUUUCGCUGGUCGGAAUUGCUGGACAAGACAUAUCAGAGGGAAACGUUACCUUGACUCUUGCAUUAGUCUGGCAACUGAUGAGAGCUUACACACUGUCGGUAUUAAAGGAGCUGGCCAAAUCUGACAGUCCCAUUGUCGAGAAAGAGAUCGUCACGUGGGUUAACCAGAAACUUGAAGCUGCUGGCAAAAAGUCUUCCAUUAAAGGCUUCCAAGAUCCCAUUAUUGCUGAUGCUAAAGUGGUUAUUGACUUAAUUGAUGCUAUUAAGCCGGGUGCUAUUAACUAUGAUUUAGUUAAAACUGGUGGACAAGAGGAAAACCUCGAAAACGCAAAAUACGCGAUAUCCAUGUCGCGUAAGAUAGGUGCUAGGGCAUACGCUCUGCCUGAAGAUAUUGUUGAAGUGAAACCUAAGAUGGUGAUGACUGUUUUUGCCUGUUUGAUGGCUCUGGACUAUCACCCCAAUAUGGGAGAUAACCGACAGUAACUUAAUAUGUAUUCAGUGCGCAUUUACACGUAUUAAUUUUCAAUGUUACGUUUAUUCACUAUGAUGUCAUUCCAAAUCAAUUCAUUGUGUUACUAGUCUGGACAUAGUAUUAGUUUUCAAAAUUACAUUCCGUUUUGGGUUAAGGUGCAAUAAUUAUGUUUCAUUUUUGGGCUGUUAUAUUGGCUCUUCACAAUACGUUCAUAAUAAUUGUGAGCAUCCAGUAUUAAAAAAAUCGUGUACAAAUUCCAUUUAGAACAUUCCACGCCACUUAAGCGGUUAUAUGUUUUGACUAAUUAGUUUAUUAAGUCAGAAGUUUCAUAUUGUUACAUUAUAUAUUAAUUCUUCUAAACUUAGUGUUUGGUUUUUAUUUAUUAUCUAUAACUGACAUAAUACCAAGUCAAGUGCCAUUUUUAUACACCUAAGGAUACUAAUGUGAACAGUGUUAUCAUCAUUUAUACUUGUGUAAUUUUAUAUACAUUGCUUUAAAUAAAUAGUCAUAAUUCA